CCCCUCUUCCCUUUUCCUUAAUGAAAACAGUCUGCAUUACACUGAGUUAGGAGACAGGCUAUCUCAGCAGUGGAGUCUGCAGGAAAUUACAAGCUUGGGACAUAACAAUACUGAACCUCCACAGAAAAAUGGGCCACAUUUUGACCUUAUGUAUAUUCCUGUUCUUAACGUAUUCUGUAUCACUGGCUCGAUACACCACUGAACCUGAGUAUGGAAGUGGAGAAGGAGAUGGGACAGCGGUUAUUUCCAAUACUCAGAGCUCUGACAUUGUUGGAUCUACUACAGAGAACUCUGUGAAGAAUGUAAAUGGCACAACCACUUCCUUAAAUGUCUUGGAAAAUAUAAAACAGUUUUUUAAGGAGUACUUGCUGCUUGUAAUUGUGGUAGGUUCUCUGGUUGCCCUGCUUAUAUUUAUAAUGUGUGCUGCAGUGAUUAUGAGUCACAGACACAAAGCAUCUGCUUAUUAUCCUUCAUCUUUUGCACCAAAAGAGUAUGUAAACCAUGAUGACAAAAAUGGAGGUCCUAGAGCUUUUAAUGAGAUUCCUGAGAAACCCCACGAUGAAAAGGUUGAAGAAGUGGUAAGUUCAAGCAACCAGCUACAAGCCGAUAUCCUUAAUGCCACUCAAAACCUUAAGUCUCCAACCAAGGGUUGUAGUAUUAAGGAGCAAAAAAAUUGUGAAGGAUCUCAAAAGACUUGCAAUCUUUCCCAUAAAGAAAAUCCUCAGGAAGCCACUAGUGAAAAGUCCCCAGAGAGUUCCAAACCUCAAGAAGAAACUCAAGGCAACAAAGUGGAGGAGGCCCCAACUGGUUCACCAGAAGAAGCUAAGCCUAUAGAUAAUACUCAGGAGGCUCCGGCUGAACCAAUAGAAGAAACUAAACCCACAAGUGAUUCUCAGGAGGUUGUAGCUGAUCCUACACAAGAAGCUCUACCUGCAGGUGAAUCUCAGGAAGCCCCAGCUGAAGCAAAAGCAGAUGUCCCAAGUCCCCCAGAAGAAGCAAGUGGAAAAGAAGACGCGAAUCCCACUCCAGCUGAAUGUGGAACAGCAACCAACAAUCCUUGUGAAAGUCAAGAAUCACAGCAGGCUCCAGACACACAACCAUGUGGAGUUUAAUGCAGUAUGAUAGUAUUAUUAUAAAGACAAGGGAACUGUUGUGCAUCUGGCUUAUAACAGCAGAUAAUUAUCCUUGAAGUCAGGAAUAAUUUUCAUGAUCUAAAAUGGCACUGGGAAGUAAACUGUGGUGCUUAUGUUUUACAAACUAUUGGAAGGCAAUAUCAGUGAUAGUUCUGGUUUUACAUUGUGAGAUCUUUCUUCUUCUUCUAAAGUGGGCAACAAAACUGAUAUGCUAAUGCAAUGUAGUUCCUAUUGCCAAUACAGAAGCAUGUACAACUGUAAAUGUAUAUGUCCUUUAAACAGAAGAUAUGUUGCAAACUAUUUGUUCCCAGUAUUACACCUAUUUAUGGUUGUUUGCAUUCAUGUUCCAUGCUUCUAGUACUCCAGAAGCAGGCACUGUAAAGAACUUAAUUUAAUUUAAAAGGGUUAUAUAAAGCUGAAAAGCUGUAACAUAUUAAAAAGGAAGCAGGUGUCCAAUGUUAACUUAUGACAGCACAUUUUUGGUAAAAAAAAAAA